AUGCUAAUGAUGAUGGUAGUAUGUGGUAAUGAUGCUGGUGGGAUUGAUGUGGCAGUACAUGGUGAUAGCAGAUGGAUGGAUGGAUGGAUUUCGUAUGUUGCUUCUAGGAAAUCAAAGCAUUAUGACCAUGUUCAAAAAACAAUUCUAAGCGGAAUGACCAGACGCAUUAGUUGGAGAGAUGAAGCGAAUGAUAGGAAGCAACAUAAUAGUGGCCAGAAGUCAUCCAUUUCUCGUCAGCACCCAAUUCGAGGACGCGACACACGCAGGGUUGUCAUUGGUGGUGGUGCCAGAUUGGAUGGUUGGCUUAGUUUAGUUUUAAUAAGACAACCAUCACCGCUUAAAUCGUCAUCGCCAUCGUUUUACAACCGUCAUCGGUGUCGUUGUCGAUUUCAGGCAGCAGUAGAAGAAGGAAACAGUUGGAGUGGUAGCAGGAGAAGGAAGGAGAAGAAGGAAGAGGAGGAAUAA